CAGCAACGGAAAAUCCAAAAGAUCAUUUUGACCUGGUAGAUCCAGAAGGUUGAAGAUUCUGUUAAUAUUUGAAUUGUUCGGGUGGAACGAACUAGAAAAUCUAGAAGCCGUCAAAGAUUCAGAAGUUCAUAAAAUGUAAAAGGUCCAGGUGGUCCAGAAGAACAGAAACAAAAAACCGUAAAGAUACCGGAGAUUUUGAGAGUCUUUAAAACGUUAAUUUAACCUGAGGGAUGCCUGUCAAAGGAGUUUGGCCUACUACUUAACCUUCAGCUAACCGUAACGUUUUCCUUCAGGCCUUCCUAAAAGCGAUUUAUGAAUGAAUUUGGAUAGCGUUUUCUGUGAAAAUGUUUACAUUAACCCGUGUCAUUAUUGCAUCACCUACGGCGUUAACUUUCCGUAAAACUUACAUAAGCCUUCAUUCACAUCGUACCAGCCGUAACAAUUAGUGCAAAGUUCACUUUCAAUUAUUCCGAGGUAUAUAAGUCAACGACACUCAAAGUGUCAUCAGUUUGGAGACAUCAGCAACAUCAAGAUGUUUAAGGUUCUAGCUCUUUUCGCCCUUAUCGCCGCAGUAAGCGCUGGUUACUUAGAACACGCCGGUUUAGAAAUUGCCGCACCGGCCCCUGCCGUUUUCCACGCUCCGGCUCCUGCCGUUUACCACGCUCCGACACCAGUUGCCUACAAGAGCAUCGUCACGCCAGCCGUGACCAAGACCGACUUCCUUCCAGGCUCCUACUCGUCAUCCUACAGGAGCGACGUCAUCACUCCACGCGUCCAAUACACCGAAACGCCCGGAUACAGUUACUCGGUUCCGCAACCGCCCGCGAUCGCCUACGCCCCGACCGUAACCAAGGUUGCCCACUAUGAACCGGUUGCGCCCAUCAUCCCCGCCCUUCCGGUCGUGGAAAAGUACGCGCACGUCGCUCCAGCUCCACUUCCUUUAGCCCACGGUGAACUGUUGGGACAUGGAUAUUCACACGGAUACAAAGGAUAUUACUAG